AUGCUUUCAGUGAGCCGUACCACUGGUCGUGUGUUGGUGAUGCAACGUGGGGCCACUGCUAAGUUCAUGCCAAAUGCGUUGGUUUUUCCUGGUGGCGUAGUGACCCCUUCCGAUGAGAAACUUGGUCAUCCGACCAAAAUUGCCGCUUUGAGGGAACUUUUCGAAGAGACUGGUCUUCUUCUUGGUCAAAAGGAGUCCGCAGCGAACUCUCGAGAACUGGAAAUCAUACAAGAAAAUACGAGAAAGGAUCCGGACCAAUUCAAGUUGGCUUGCUCAACUCCCCCAGUCGAUGAUUUGAUCGAAUGGAACACAUGGUUGACGCCUUCAUCAUAUAAGCGACGAUAUAUGACAUCUUUCUUCAUAGUACGGCUAGAUGUAAUGUUUGUUGUUGUGAUCUUGUGCAGCGAAGAACUUAUAGGUGAACCACAAAUACGUAUGUGCCAACGGGAAAUGUCUCAUCAUUUCUGGAUGGCGCCAAAAGACUGUUUAGAGAAGGCCUCUAAUGGGGAAGUCAUUCUACCGCCUCCACAAGUAUACGAAUUGACGCGGCUCUCUCAGACUCCCUGCGAACACCUCGCCAAGUACAGCAACAAAACGCAUGUGAUGUGUCCUCAGAAUGUUAAUACUCAAAAUUCUUCACUCAUUGCUAGUGUGCUACCCGGGGAUCACCUCUACAUUGAUGAGGACAGCUUCAACCAGCCUUCCCGCACUUUGUCACCAGAUGCUGUUCGUGUCGACCCACAUAAGCCAACACAUCGAGCGGAGUACUUUGCAGAACCUUUGUACGCAAGAUGUAGAAUAUAUAUGCAUAAUUUGCCGCCCAAAUAUUGUGAAGAAUUCCACCAAUUCAUUACGGAAUCAAAGAAUCUACUGCACUAG